AUGGCCGCGGGGGUCCGGCAGAGACAGAGUUGUAGAAACAGACAGAUGCUGCAGCUGUGUUCCGAUGCUAUAUUUACCUGGAGGCGUCUUAUGUUUGGUGGUCGAGAGAAGAGAAAGGGUCCCAUGCUCUCUGCCAGUGAUGCCGAGUUCCCGCGGGAGUACCACACCCUGGCGGCCGGAGGGGGGCGUGGGGCCAGACGUUUCGCCGAAAACAACGCCAACAAUGGGGGCUUCACCUCCUCCCUGGACCGUCGGCACAACUCUGUGGCCGCCAAGAGCCUGGAGGCACUUAACAGCAUCCACAAGGCCGACAUAGAGCGACAGAGAGACGCUCUGAUGGACCUGCAGAAGAACAAGUACUCCAACAGCCCGGGAAGCGUGUCCCAGGGCACGGGCACCGCAGGCAGGCAGCAACAACCAAACUACUGGAGCUUCAAGAGCCGUACCCCUCGCGUCACUCGCCUCAGCCCCCCGCAGCCCGCCCUCGCCGACCAGGCCAGUCGAGUUUCCUUCGCUUCGGCCGAAAACUUGGAGACCAUGUCCGAGCCAGACGUCCCCAUCGGAUUCAACCGCAUGAACCGGCUGAGACAGAGCCUGCCGCUGGCCCGCUCCUCCAGCCAGGCCAAGCUGCGCGCCCCAGGGAUCUUGUUCCUGCAGCUCGGAGAGGAGACUCGAAGGGUGCACCUGACCCACGAGCUGACCAGCCUGGACACGCUGAGGGCGCUCAUCGUGCACAUGUUCCCACAGCGCCUCACCAUGGCCAUGCUCAGGUCUCCAACCACAGCGCUGUUGAUCAAAGAUGAGACUCGCAAUGUCUUCUACGAGCUGGAGGACCCACGAGACGUCCAAGAUCGCUGCGUGAUUAAGAUUUACUGCAAAGAGCCCAUUUAUGGAACGUACCCUGGACAUCACAACCCUCACUUGGCCAAUGGAGACCUCCGAGUCAGUAGGGAGAUGGUGUAUGCGCCUCAGGACAGCCCAAACCGCCGCCUCAGUAACCCGCACAUGUCUUCCCAGCACUCGUCUGCCUCAGCUUCUCCCCCGCAGGGCUCUCCGUCUCGGGCCAGGCUCCUGUACAGCGGCGGCCGGCCCUCUUCCUACGCCGGCCCCCCGCACCACACCCACUCCCUGCCCCACCCGCACUCCCAGUCCCACCACUCCUCCCCCCAUCAGCAGCCUCACCACCCGCAAGCCGCUUUCGUCGCCUCGUCCAGCGCCAUUUUGGAGCGCCGGGAUGUGAAGCCGGACGACGAAAUAGGCGGGUCUCGGAGUAUGGUGUUGCUGAGGGGGGAUGAUCGCGGCGGAGGGGGCAUCUACGCUGACCCGUACUCCCUUGGUCCAGACCCGGGACGGUUGAGUCUAGCUGGAGGUCCGCACUCUCCUAUCCCGAGCAGAGCAGACCCCUAUGGCUCCCUGUACCGGCGUGGAGGCGGGGCCGGCUCUGUCCGAACGCUAACUUCCUACUCAGCUGCUGCUUUACAAGGCGAGCUUAUGGAACGGGAGGCGCUGUACCGACCUGGGGGGCCGCUCUAUAACGACGCCUACGCUGCCUCAAUGCUGGCCAUGGGACUGCGAGUGCCCCCUCCAUCCUCUCCGCAGAAGAUCCCGGACAUGAGGGACAUGAGAGACCCCUACGGAGGGACCAUGCCCGGGCGGGGGUCCCCAGGGAGGCAGAGUUUACGGAGGGACUCGGUGAGCUCGUCUGUGUUCGGAGACAGUCCUAAAUCCAGAGGGCAGGCUGGGAUGGGCCUCACCGCGGAGCAGCUCUGUCUGAUGGCAGGAGGGGACGGAGGAGGCGGGACUUAUGGCUCUCCACUGAUGGGGAACGAAUCAGAAACCAGGGAGCGUAUGGAGGCCAUGGAGAAGCAGAUAGCGAGUCUGACCGGGCUGCUGCAGCGAGUCCUGAGCCGAGCCCCAGAAGCAGAGAGCCCGGAGAAGAUGGAGACCGCGAGCGACUGUUCGGGAAAUGACACUGGACGAACUAAAAAAAAGAAAGCUAUGACCCCCUCGGCCCCCCUGGCCCUCAUGCCCCCCCCCUCCAGUCAAUCGGUGUCGGUGUCGCGGUCCCAGAUGCAGCAGCACCUUCAGGGCCUCCAGCAGAACACCAACGCUCUCCGCAAACAGCUCUCCCAGCUCCGCAACAUCCAGUUGGAAAACCAAGAUGCAGUCCUGUCGCUGCUGCGGCAGACUGAGACCGAGCUGAGCCUCAUGAUGCUGGACGCCUCCAGAACCCAAGAAGACCCGCUCCAAAGACAGCGCCUCCUGGUGGAAGAGGAGAGACUCAAGUACCUCAACCAAGAGGAGCUUCUGAUUCAGCAGCUGCAUGAUUUGGAGAAGUCGGUGGAGGAGCUGCAGAGGAACUCGUCAGUGAACCACGGUUUGGUGACAGAACAAGACGUGGAGCAGAAGAGCAAAGAGCUGAGGGCGCUGGGAGACACGCUCGCCGAGUUAAAAAGCCAGUUCCCCAGUCUGCAGAGUAAGAUGCGGGUGGUGCUGAGGGUGGAGGUGGAGGCCGUGAAGUUUCUGAAAGAGGAACCGUUUCGUCUGGACGCUCUGCUCAAACGCUGCCACAACAUGACGGACACUCUGAGCUCUCUGCGGAGACAAGUCUCCGAGGGCGUGUGGAAGGGGCCCGAAGACCUCCCCAGUCAGCAGCAGCAGCGGAGAUCCGAGGACCUGGACAUGUUGAGCAGCAGCCCGCCUCUCAGCCUCAGCGACCUCAGCUCCAGCUCCGGUCUCGCCAACUGGAUGCCCCUGUCCUCCUCCAACGACUCGGACGCCUCUUCGUGCCCCGAGCAGGACGUCCCGCCGGCCAUGACCUUCCGGAACAGGGUGCUGGACGAUCUACCAACGCGACGACCCUCGGACAAGGCUGUGUCGGCGGAAGUCAGACUGGCAGCAGAGCGAGACUGGGAGGAGAAACGUGCCAGCUUGACCCAGUUCAGUGCACAAGACAUCAAUCGCUUAUUGGAGGAGACCCAGGCCGAACUCAUGAAAGCAAUCCCGGAUCUGGACUUCGCUGCCAAGCAUAUCAACAAGCCCGCCGUGCCCCCCAAGCCCCAAAUCACCAUCCCCAUCACCCCGGCCACCGCCACCUCCUCCUCUGCAGCUGGGGCGUCCGCUUCCCAGGCCCCCUCCUCCUCCUCCGCUGCCUCCGGAGCAGAGCCGCAGCAGCAGCCCGGCAAAGUGCAGCUCGCGGCGCAGAAGCUCAACAGUAUGGGGGACGGCUCGGGCUCACCCAGAGGCUCAGUGGUGGACCUGAACGUGGCUCGGUACCGGGCAGAGAAGCCGUCGAAGUCCCCCCCUCCUCCUCCCCCUCGCCGGAGUUUCCCCUCGGCCCACGGCCUCACCACCAACCGCACCGGAGACGUCAUCGUCACCUCCAAAAACCUCAAGGCGGAGGAGGACGGAGAGGCGCCCAAGACACUAGUGAAACUCAGACGCACCCCUUCAGACGCCCCCAGACCGGCUUCGACCCCCCCUGUUAUCGCAGCCUCCGCCAUCCACGACGAAGACGACGAGGAGAAGAUUAUAGCCGAGUUAGAGAUAUUUCAGAGAUCGCCUUGUAAAAUCACCCACCCCAAGGCCACCCCCACCCCAGCAUGCACCCUGGGCUCCCUGGGCAGACAGAACAGCACCUACUCCCCCGGCCCGAACAAAGGUCCAACAGUAGCGGCCCGACUCAAGCACCUUCAACAGGGCAGCAGCCUGGAGCGCCCCAGAACCCGCGGCAAGCAGAAAGACGAUCUCCCCAAAGUCCCCGGGCAGCAGCAGUGCUAA